AUGCCCCAUAGUGUCUCAAGGCCGCCUCCUGCUUUCAGGUCUUGCCAACCCACCUCAAGCACUACUUUCUCAGAGAUGCUUUUCCUCACCACACCACUGCCCCCACCAGCAUCACUAUCAGACUCACAUAGCCAUCUCCUACCACACAUCACCUCCAACUUCACCUUUAUUUCCUUCAUUGUACUUAUCUCCAUUUAUGUCUUAUUAUAUUUGUUUAUUACUUAUUUAUCUUCUGCCUUCCAAUAUAAGUUUCUUAAAAAAAGGGCCUUGUCUUUCGUGAGUAUUGUUUCAUCUCCAUAUCUAAAAGCACAUAUACUAGGUGCUCAAUAA